AUGGGGCUGUACUUCAGGGAGCAGCCCGGUCACAACUGCGCCCGGAAGGGCGGCAUCGAGGAGCCGCCCACGACGUCCUCCGCCAGCCUGGCUCCGGUGGCGGCGCCGGCCGGGCCCGACGACGUGCUCGAGGAGCUCCGCGCGAAGCUCGUGGAGUGGCAGAAGAUGCCGGGGGCGAAGUCGAGGGCGCAGGUCGACGGGGUCAUCGCCGGGCUGGCCGCCAAGUCUGGCAUGGAGAAGGAGGCGGUGCGCAUGCUGUGGCUCACGGCUGCGCGGCAGGCGCGCCCAGUGGGCGCGCCCGUCGACGCUUACGUGUCGCUCGCCAAGAAGCAUCACGGCGUGGGCGUGGAGGUGAUCGACCUUGGGGGCGCCAGCGCCAAGCGCAACAACUCCUGCAUGUUCCUCACGUGCUCGGCGGCCCUCGCCGACCGCAGAGCCAAGGCGGAGCGGCGGAGGCGCAGACGCCGCCCCCUCGCGGAGCGGCGUGCCGCGGAGGCGCUCCCUACUGCUGGCGCGGCGGUCGAGGGCGCCGCAGUCGUGACGGGUCCGGCUGCUGCUGCUGGAGCGGGCCUUCGGCCUGUUCGAGCCGCCGUGGAGGCCGCUGACGACAUCGCGAUGUUCGAAGACGCCUGGGCCGACGGCCUGGUCGAGGACGUCGUGGCCCCGUCCUCGCCCCUGCAGGACGACAGCUGGGCCGACCUGCUCCCCGCACACCGCGCGGCGCCCGCCGUGGAGGCGGUGCACCUUGCCGCGGCGGAGGAGGAGUGGCGGCGGGCGCUGCGCGCGCGGGCGGCGGCGAUCAUCCGAGGCGCAGGGUGA